AUGGAGGCGACCAGUUCCAACAGUGUGGAGGAAUGGCUCGAUUCACACCCUGAGGAUAUGCAGGACUACUUUCUCAAACACGCUGACGUCACGCUUAUAAAUAGAUGGCUGGCGGCGCAUGGAUACAACCAUCUUCCGGAGUUCAGCGCCCCACUCCGCAACAGUUCACUUACAAAUUUGAGCAACGACAGCAGCAACCCCUCGUCACCUGUGGACACUCGCUGUAACGACUCGGGAUUCUUCGACUCCUCCCGGCACCAGAGAUCCAACUCCAAGAAACACCUGCGACACGACUACGCCCGCUCCAAGAAGAGAAACAUCUUCCGGACAUACGAGCCCAACGGGGGCGACUCCACGCUGGAGAGUAGACGGAACAGCCUGAAGGAGAUGAGGCAGUUCCGUUCACUCCCGCCGACUUCGGUCAAUCUUUUAAGCAUGCUGAUACAGUCCAAGGUCCGACUACCCCGCUAUCCCAGUAAAGACAUUGACCACAAGAAAGAACUCCGCGACACCAACGAGCGAGAUUUUUUCCUCGAAAUCGUCAAAGACAUCUCCAACGAGCUUGACCUGAAGAGCCUGAGUGCCAAGAUCGUAGCCAACGUCAGCUGUAUGCUAGACGCCGACAAGGUCUCGUUGUACCUGAUCGAGGGCAAGGCCGCCGGGAAACCCGUCCUGGUGUCCAAGAUCUUCGACCUGCACGCGGGCACCAGCAUCUUCCCAUCCUGCACCGGAGACAUCCGGGUGCCGUGGGGUCAAGGGGUCAUAGGAUAUGUGGCUGAGACAGGGGAUACGGUCAACUUGAAGAACGCCAUGCAGGACCCCCGUUAUAACGACGAAAUGGGUAAAAUCACGGGCUAUCAGGCGGAAACCCUGCUCUGUAUGCCGAUCAAGAAUGCCGACAACGACAUAGUGGGCGUGGCACAGGCCUUGAACAAAAGCAAGGACGAGGGAUUCAGCAAAGACGAUGAAAAGAUGUUGGCUACAUAUUUGACGUUCUGUGGAAUCGGCAUCCAUAAUGCUCAAAUUUUUGACGCGUAUUCUAAAGAGUACGAGCGAAAUAGGGCACUUCUGGAAGUGGUCCACGACCUGUUCACAGAGCAAACGUCAGUUGACCAGGUGGUCGUGAAGAUCAUGCAGCGAGCCCAGAGCCUGCUCAAGUGUGAGCGGUGUUCACUUCUGCUGAAGGACAAGGACAGUAACUCCGAGAACGCCUUUGACAAAAUCUUCGAUCUAGCCUGCCCAAUAAAGAAUGGACAUUUAGGUAAUAGCAGUGAUCGAGACAAUAGUCUAAGGGUGACAAGCAAGAUAGCAGAGUUAGUGUUACUGACAGGGGAGACAAUCAACAUCACCGACGCUUCGCAGGAUCCGAGGAUUGAGCACGAGGAUGAAACAGUCAAAGGUAUUCGAACAAGAUCGGUGCUCUGUAAACCUGUGAGAAACCGACAUUUUCAGACCAUAGGCGUUGCUCAAGUGGUUAACAGAAUAGACGGACUUCCAUUCGAUGAUCACGAUGAUCUGCUGUUUGAGGCUUUUGCAAUCUUCUGUGGACUGGGCAUUAACAACUGCCAGCUCUACGAACAAGUUUCUUUGUCGGCCGCUAGACAGGCUGUAGCGCUUGAGGUUUUGUCUUACCAUGCGUCAGUCCCCCACGAAGAAGUUACAAAAUUUAAGGAAAAGCACGUACCUGAAGCACACGAGCUGAGACUCACAGAGUUCACCUUCAACGACUUCUCGCUAGACAAUGACCAGAUGAUGGUCGCUUCUAUUCGAAUGUUCAAUGACCUGGGUCUCAUGAAGAAAUUCCGCAUUGACUACGAGACGAUAUGUCGCUGGUUGCUAACCGUCAGGAAGAACUACAGAAAUGUCGCCUACCAUAACUGGAGACACGCUUUCAAUGUAUGUCAAGUCAUGUUUGCCAUUAUGCAGCAAUGUCCAUGUCACAAUUAUCUGUCAGAUAAUGAAACUCUGGCUCUACUGGUCGCUUGUCUCUGUCACGACCUGGACCAUAGGGGAACCAACAACGCCUUUCAACAAAAAUCAAGUUCAGCUCUUUCUCAGCUUUAUGGGACUAACGCUACACUUGAACAUCAUCACUUUAAUCACGCUGUCAUGAUACUAAAUAGUGGGGGAACAAAUCUAUUUGGGAACUUGGGCUCUGAGGAUUUCAGUGAGGUGACCAAAUUAUUAAAACACGCCAUCCUUGCCACAGAUCUUUCUUUACAUAUACAACUUAGAGGGAAAUUUUUUGCCAUGGUUGAUUCAGGACAAAGAUCCUUCGAUGACCGCGAAUCUAAGGAGACUUUCAGAAGUAUUUUAAUGACUGCCUGUGAUAUUGCUGCUAUUACUAAACCCUGGGAAGUGCAAAGAAAGGUCUCAGAUCUAGUCAUCACAGAGUUCUUUGAUCAAGGCGAUAAGGAAAAGAAUGAAUUAAAUAUCCAGCCCCAGGCUUGUAUGGACAGAGACAAAAGGGACGAAGUGGCGAACUUACAGCUGGCCUGGAUUGAUGGAAUCUGCCUGCCGCUUUAUAAAGCUCUAGUGAAGUUGGACAACGCCUUUCAGCCCAUGCUCGAUGGACUCUUGGAAAACAGGUCUCGGUGGGAAAGGCUGGACGCCGAGCGUCUGAGCAAACACGCGAUUCUGGAAACUGGUGUGUAGGGCGAGAUGUGUGCAGACAGACUGUGAGCACUGGCUGAAAUGCCAACUAGAGAUAUGACAUCUGAGGAUGACAUUCAUAGACUAGCACCUAGUGGUGUCGUUGUAUAACAAGGGUGUUUAGUCAUCGGUGUUUACUAGCUCAUAUCAACAAACGUAAUGUUGAAUCAUAGCUGUAUUGGCUUUGAAUACUAGCCUGAAAAAAAAAAACUUCACAGGUGGAACAACUCUAAACGUUUUGUUUCUCGGAGUUACGGGACAUUUUUCUAAUGGAAAGGGGAAAUAAUCACAGAAUUGUGUCUUGCAAACUGAAGAGUUACCACUUCUGAAAUGUGUUAUUAUUUCAUUCUGCCAAGGAUAUUGAUUUGAUAUUUAUUAUUGAUUAUUAUUAUUGAUUUUUUAAAUAUGUUGAACUUGUUGAAUUUUGGAUCACUUAAAAUGUAUUGAUAAUUUUACGGUUUAUAGUUUAAAGUUACAUUUACCAAUGCGUACUUCCUACAAUCUUAUUUUAUCUAGCCCAUUUCUUCUAGGUGAGCUGAACAGCAUGCAAUACAUUAAAACAUUUAUUUGAUACCACAGCUAGUUUAGUUAUUGUCAGACUCCUACAUUAUGAUAUUACAAAGUAACGUAUUGUAUUGUAUUGUUUGUUUAUAGAAGUCACAUAAUGAUUGAUUAUAUGACGUGUGAGUGGGUGUGGCCUGCCUGAUGUGACACAACCCAUUAUUUAUUAGCUUC